AUGGACGUCUCCCAGGCCAUUUCAGGCUACAUCUCCAGAAUCGUGAUGCCCGCGGGGGAGACAUCAUCGUCCAAAAUGAAGAUUUUGCUGUUGGAUAGAGAUACUGUCCCUAUUGUCUCCACAGCCAUUACGCAGUCAACUCUUCUUAACCACGAGGUCUACCUGAUUGAUCGCCUGGACAACACAGCGAGAGAGAAAAUGAGGCAUCUACGCUGCCUCUGCCUUGUGCGGCCAUCGCCAGAAACCAUCCAGCUGCUAAUAGACGAACUGAGAGAUCCGAAAUAUGGCGAGUACCAGUUGUACUUUACCAAUGUGGCGAAGAAGUCCUCACUCGAGCGACUGGCUGAGGCCGACGACCAUGAAAUCGUCAAGGUUGUUCAGGAGCACUUUGCCGACUAUACCGUCGUAAACCCUGACCUCUUCAGCUUCGAGAUUACGCUUCCAAGGUGGCGUAUCUUUACGAGUAGCCCCGAUACCUGGAACCCCGAGUCUCUUCAACGCUGCGCAGAUGGGUUGGUGGCUGUGAUGCUGUCUCUCAAAAAGAAGCCCCUCAUUCGCUACGCGAGGAGUAGCUCUGUGGCGAAGAAGCUCGCCUCUGAGGUCCGAUAUCUCAUGACACAGGAAGAGCAGCUGUUUGACUUCCGAAAAGUUGACACGCCGCCGAUCUUGCUAGUCCUUGAUCGUCGUGAGGACCCCGUCACCCCGCUCCUGACACAAUGGACCUACCAGGCCAUGGUUAAUCAUCUUCUCGGUAUCCAGAAUGGUCGCGUGAAUCUCGAGGAUGUACCUGAUAUUCGGCCAGAGUUGCGAGAGAUAGUUCUAUCACAAGACCAGGAUCCAUUCUUCAAAAAGAACAUGUUCCUCAACUUUGGAGACCUUGGCAGUACAAUCAAGGAAUACGUGGAGCAGUAUCAAUCAAAAACGAAAAACAAUGCCGACAUUGAAUCUAUCGCCGAUAUGAAACGUUUCAUUGAGGAAUAUCCAGAAUUUCGCAAAUUAUCCGGCAACGUCAGCAAGCACGUCACCCUCGUCUCCGAACUCAGCAGACGUGUUGCAGCUGAGAAUUUGCUAGAGGUUAGCGAGCUGGAACAAAGUCUAGCCUGCAAUGAUAAUCACAACAAUGACUUACGAGCGCAGGGUGGCAUUUCAGAUAUAUUUGAAUCGGGUGGGAUAUUCGCUGGCGCUUCAAUUCGCUUCAAAGGGCUAAAAGGCGUGGAGAAUGUCUAUACGCAACAUACGACACUGCUCGAAAGUACCCUACAGAAUCUCGUCAAGGGUCGCUUGAAGGAGCAACAGUACCCAUUUGUUGACGGAGGCGGAACUACCAGAGAUAAGCCUCAAGACAUUGUCGUCUUCAUGAUUGGAGGCGCAACAUAUGAAGAAGCCAAAAUGAUUGCGGGCAUCAACGCAACAACCCCCGGCGUUCGAGUUGUCUUGGGAGGGACUUCUAUUCAAAACGCUAGCACCUUUAUGGAAGAAGUCGAUGAUGCAGUUAGCUCCUGGCCCGAUACUCGAUCCCGAGGCGGCCAUGCCGGCGCUGAAGCCUGCGCGGCUGCAGCGCGGGCGGGAGCCAGGACGGCGCUCGUCACGCCAAAGAUCGAAAACCUCGGCACCUGCUCCUGCAACCCCAGUUUCGGGGGUAUUGGCAAAGGAACCAUCCUUCGCGAGAUCGAUGCCCUCGACGGCCUUGCCGGGCGCAUAAUCGACAAGGCCGGCGUGCAAUUUCACGUGCUGAAUCGAAGCAAGGGGCCGGCGGUUUGGGGGCCGCGAGCGCAAAUCGACCGCAAGCUCUACCGUACGUACAUGCGCGAAGAGCUUGAAUCGUAUGCGAAUCUGUCAAUUGUACUCGAUUCCGUGUCCGACAUCGUACUAUCGACAGAAGAGACCGGGCCCAGCGCACAAAAACCCGCCAUCUCUGGCGUUCGACUCGACUCUGGCGACAUCAUUCUCACCAAACGAGUGGUUAUAACCACCGGCACAUUCCUAGGUGGAGAAAUUCACAUUGGCCUACAGACAUAUCCAGCCGGUCGCCUAGGGGAAGCAGCGACGUUUGGACUGAGCAAAUCAUUGCGGGAUGCUGGCUUUCAGCUAGGUCGCCUAAAGACGGGAACGCCUCCGCGGUUAGACAAGUCGAGCAUCAACUUCGAUGUCAUGGAGACGCAGUAUGGCGACGAUCCGCCCAAUCCAUUCAGCUAUUUGCACAGCCGCGUCGAGGUCCAAGAUCAGCUCACCUGCAGCACCACAUACACGAACCAUGCAACACACGAUGUGAUACGGGCCAACUUGGAAAAGACAGUUCAUAUCCGUGAAUCCGUCAAGGGUCCUAGAUACUGUCCUUCUCUGGAGUCUAAAGUAAUCCGAUUCGCUGACAAGGAACGGCACAUCGUUUGGCUUGAGCCCGAAGGCUUUGACGACCCCGUCAUCUACCCGAACGGCCUAUCCAUGACCAUCCCUCCCGAAGCGCAGGAGCAAACGCUGAAAACCAUUGCCGGGCUCGAGCAGGUCAAGAUGCUCCAGCCAGGAUACGGCGUCGAGUACGACUACAUCGAUCCCCGCGGGCUCAAAUCAACUCUGGAAACCAAGGCCAUCGACGGCCUCUACCUCGCCGGCCAAAUCAACGGUACUACCGGCUACGAGGAAGCAGCAGGCCAGGGCGUCCUAGCUGGAAUGAAUGCCGGACGAGCGGCGGCCGGCCUCCCUGGCGCGUCUCUGUCACGAUCCGACGGAUACAUCGGCAUCAUGAUCGACGACCUAAUCACCAAGGGCGUGACCGAGCCCUAUCGCAUGUUCACGUCUCGCAGCGAGUUCCGCAUGGCCGCGCGCGCCGACAAUGCCGACCUACGACUCACCGAAAAGGGCCGCGGAUGGGGCGUCGUCACCGACCGCCGCUGGCGGGCGUUCACCGAUGACAAGGACCAGAUCGACAGGCUCACGGGCAUCCUCGACUCGGUAUCCCUGUCGACGGAAGAGUGGCGCAAGCACGGCUUCCAGACCAAGCGCGACUCACGCCGACGUAGCGGCACCGACAUUGUGCGGCUCUCCAACGCCAGCAGCACGCGCGUCGACCUGGAGCGCCUGGCCGCGCUGCUCCCCGGCAUCGCCGACUUUUCGCCGCGGAUCCGGGACCGCGUCUUCGUGCAGGCGACGUACGCGCCGUACAUCCGGAUGCACGAGACCGCCAUCGGCAGGUUCAAGAACGACGAGGGGGUCCAGCUGCCCCUGGACCUCGACUACGACGCCAUUCCAGGUCUCGCGCUUUCCGAGCGCGAGGUCCUCAAAAUCACCCGGCCGGAAACUCUCGCCCAAGCUCGUCGCGUCGAGGGCGUCACGCCGUCGGGGAGUUUACGCUUGCUUGCGUAUGUUCGGCGCCGCUCCGAUGCCACGCCCUUGUUUGCGAACAGCACAUAG